AUGGCGUUCUUUUUCAACCGUGGCCGGUCACGGCAGCCUGCCGAUGUUGCUCACGCAACCAAGGAAUUGCUUCUGAGAAUCCAGGAGACUCCCAGCUCCCCAAAGGCAGAAGAAGAGCUGGCAAAGCAGCUCAGUCACAUGAAAGUGAUUGUACAAGGAACACAAGAGAUUAGCACAUCCCCAGAGAUCAUCCAUUCCCUCGUCCAAGCCAUCCUUCAAGAAGAUCUACUCUAUGAUUUAUCGCGAACGAUUCACCUGCUACCAUUUGAGGCUAGAAAAGACACCCAGACUAUCUUCUCUCAUAUCCUACGCUUUCGACCCCUUAACUAUGCGGCUGAUAAAGAUCCUCCUGUGAUUUCAUAUAUUGUCCACCAUCGACCGGAAAUUCUGAUUGAGCUAUGUCGCGGGUAUUCAGAGAAUCAAAGCGUCAUGCCCUGUGGCGUGAUAUUGAGGGAAGCUCUCAAGUUUGAUGUUGUCGCCGCAGUAAUUCUAUAUGAUCAGUCCCAACAGGGCGAACCGGCAGUCCGAAUCACAGAACUGAAGCCUAAUCAAACACAAAAAGGUGACGGGGUGUUCUGGAACUUCUUCGAAUGGAUUGACAAGAGCAACUUCGAAGUGAGCGCCGACGCAUUCACCACAUUCCGGGAAAUCUUGACGCGGCAUAAAAGUCUCAUCACGGCAUACCUUGCAACCAACUUCUCUAUGUUCUUUGGACGAUUUAACGAAAUCUUGGUGCAGUCCGACUCAUAUGUUACCAAACGGCAAAGCAUCAAACUCCUUGGGGAAAUUCUCUUGGACCGUGCGAACUACAAUGUGAUGAUGGCAUAUGUGGACAGUGGGGAGAAUCUCAAGCUAUGUAUGAAGCUCCUGCGAGACGACCGCAAGAUGGUUCAGUACGAGGGAUUCCAUGUUUUCAAGGUAUUUGUGGCCAACCCGAACAAAUCGGUGGCUGUACAACGGAUUCUCAUCAACAAUCGAGAUCGAUUAUUAAGAUUCUUACCCAAGUUUCUAGAAGAUAGAACUGAUGACGACCAAUUCACCGACGAGAAGAGCUUUCUGGUGCGACAGAUUGAACUAUUGCCCAAGGAGCCUGUUGAACCACAGGGAGCACCCAACCCGAUUCUAGCCUGA